AUUCUUUCGUCGGUAAUUCCGUAUAUUUUAUAGUGUUUUGUAGUUAAUUAAAAUCUACACAGAGACGAAUUUUCGUCAUAUAUAUCACUUCGUGGUUUAAAUAAUGGACUAUUGAGCACUCGUUUGUCACAAAAACAAAUGUGAUCUUUAUUUGUUCGAACCCGUUCAUAGGCCAUAACAAAUAUUAUAUUCGAUUGUACGAAAAACGUUUAACGAUGCUGUAGACGCUCUUUGUUAGUACUGAUUUUUGUGAUGUUGUCACGUAGUCUUCUCAUCAAUUCUCGAAUUCUCGAUUCGGCGACAAUAUAAUAACAGCUGUUGACUACUGUACACGGAUAGGUGCACUGCAUGCGCACGGUCGUGGAAAUGAUUGGGUCUUAUUAUUGCAUCACGUUGAUGUUGGUCGGCAUACUGACGUCGGGACGAUACUACCACGCUGCGGACAGCGCUCGAAUCCUGGCCGUGAUGCCGAUCGCGGCCAAGAGCCACUGGAACGUGGUGGACUCGGUGUUGCAGACGCUAGUGGCCCGUGGCCACCACGUGACGGCCAUCACGCCGUUCCCCAAGAAGUCGCCGGUGGCCAAUUACACUGAAGUGGACAUGUCGCGUCUGAUGCCAUCGGGCGUCAGCGUGCCUUGGGACAAGGUCAUGGGCGAAUGUUCGGUGCACAACAAUCUGCCGUUUCUGUCGAGCCGUCACAAAGAUAUGUGUCGGACGAUGUACGAGUACGACGAGUUCUGGAGCGCCAUCAAAACAAACAAAUAUGACCUGUUUAUCACCGAACUACUAGCUUCGUCGUGUGAUGCAUAUGUGUCGUAUUAUUUAAAAAUACCACAGAUAGUCAUUGUCUCGAGCCAUGUUCAUACAUGGUACCAUCAUACGUUUGGUAGUCACAUGAACCCUGCGCACAUUUCCACGUACCACGCAUCGUACGCAGUACCCAAAAACUUCAUGGAGAGAAUGAUGAACGCUUAUGAUUACAUAUAUUCGCACAUAGUGUUCAAAUGGGUCGACAUGGAAUCGACGGUUAUCGGUCGAAAAUAUUUUGGUUCUGACGCACCAGAUGCUGACACCUUAAUGAAAAAUUCGUCAUUAGUUUUCAUCAAUGGACAUUAUACAGUGGACUUGGCCAAGCCUCUGUUGCCAAAUUUUGUGAAUAUUGGUGGAAUUCAUUUAGUGCAGCCAAAAUCAUUGCCCAAAGAUAUUGAACAGUAUAUCAAUGAUUCUCCGAAUGGUGUUAUAUUCUUUACGUUAGGAUCUGUAAUUCAAUUGGAAACAUCACCAGCGUAUUUGCAGAAAGCGUUCGUUGAAGCAUUGGCAGAAAUACCUCAAAGGGUACUGUGGAAGUACGACGUUCCAAACAUAAAAAACUUACCAAAAAAUGUUAAAAUAGGAAAAUGGUUUCCACAAAGAGAUAUUUUAGAACAUAAGAAUGUCAAAUUGUUUAUAUCUCAUGGUGGUAUGUCUGGGAUCUAUGAAGCCAUAGAUAGUGGAAUACCUGUUCUUGGUAUACCUCUAUUUUUCGAUCAAUCACACAACAUUGCUAACAUAGUUCAUUGGGGUGCAGGCAUAAUGUUAGAUCACAAAACGUUAACGAAAGACAUAUUUGUAAAUGCUAUCAAAGAAAUGAUAACUAACUAUGACAAAUACAAAUUAAAAGCGAUGGAACUUUCUAGAAGAUUUAAGGAUCGACUGAACACACCAAAAGAAGAAGUAAUAUAUUGGACAGAAUAUGUAAUCAAACACAAGGGCGCACAUCAUUUAAAAACAGCUGCCCUGAAAUUGUCUUGGUAUCAAUAUUUUUUAAUUGACAUUCUAGUUACCUCUGUUUUGAUUGUUUUAGUUAGUUUAAGUGUUAUUAUUAUUUUAUUAAAAGCUAUUAAAAAUUGUGUCUGUAAUUUAAGUAAACCAAAAAAAGAAUGAAGAAUGAAUACUGAGUGUUUUAAUUAUUUUCAAAAUGUUGAAUGUGAAAUAAAUAUUCAUUGUUAUUGUAUUUUAGAGUAAGUUUCACUUUAAUUUUUAAAAAUUGGUUGAUUUGGUUUACUUAUUGAUCGAUAGAUGUACUUAUUUAUGAAAUUGUAUUUUAUCAUAAUACAAUUCAGUUUACAUUUAUUAUGCGAGUAAUAUACAAGAAACAUCUUAAUAUAUUCUAAUUAAUUUUUUGAUUAAUAUUUGUAUUGUAAAUAUAACAUUAAAUAAUUGGUUUACUCAUCAUAA